GGGGACCGGUAGUCACUUUCUCCGUCACAGAUACCGUCUCACGCCGGAUUGGCGCCAUUCCGAAAUCGGCAGCCAAACCGGGCUCGUUCGAAUUGUCCAGAAACGACCUACAGCACCAUGUCUGGUUCUAUGGUCGCGUGGACAACGCUUGUGUCAGUAUUGGCGUUGGCUUUGGGAUCGGCCGUCGAUGACCGCAAGCCAAACACCGUGUUCGUGGCCAUACUAAUAAGGAACAAGGCUCACACUCUUCCGUACUUCUUCAGCGCUCUUGAAUCUCUGGACUAUCCCAAGGACCGGAUGCACCUGUGGAUUAGGAGUGAUCAUAACAUAGAUAAUUCAACUUUAAUUUUAAAUAAAUGGUUAAAAACAUCAGGAGCAGCUUACCAUUCAGUCAAUGUCAAAAUAGAUAAUGAUUCAACAAAGUAUGCUGAUGAAAGCGGUCCUGCACAUUGGCCCCAUUCCAGAUUUCAGCAUAUUGUUCAGCUAAGGGAAUCGGCUUUGCAAACUGCACGAGAUAGUUGGGCUGAUUAUAUUUGGUUUUUAGAUUGUGAUGCGUUUAUAAUCAAUAAGUCUACCUUAAGACAUUUAAUAAAAAAAAAAUAUCCAGUUGUUGCUCCAAUGUUGAAGUCUGAUGGAUUAUAUUCAAAUUUUUGGUGUGGUAUGACUGACAAUUAUUAUUACAAGAGAACUCCUGAUUAUGCACCUAUAGUAGAGUGGAAAACUAAAGGGUGCUAUCAAGUACCAAUGAUUCACAGCUCAGUUUUAAUUGAUUUAAGAUUUGAGAUCACUAACUACUUAACAUUUAACCAUAGUUUAUUGCCCAACUACAAGGGACCCGUAGAUGAUAUAAUUAUAUUUGCUAUGUCUGCAAAUUUUUCUGGUAUUCCUUUAUAUAUUUGUAAUGAUGAAAUAUAUGGUUUUAUAACUAUACCACUUGAAAAAGAUAGUUCUCUAGAAAUGGACAUAAAUCAAUUGACAAAUAUAAAGUUAGAAAUAACUGUUGAUAAUGAACCAUUACAGAUUUCAAGUAAUUUAUCAGAUCUUGAUUUACCAAGUGCGCCUAUAGACAAUAUGGGUUUGGAUAAUAUUUUUGUAAUUAACUUAGCCCGAAGAACAGAAAGACGAAACCGUAUGCAUUACUGUCUUAAUGAACUUGGUCUAAAUGCAACGUUUAUCGAAGCUACAGAUGGAAGAGCCCUGACCGAAACGGAUUUGGAGUUCAUGGGCGUGAGGCUCAUGCCUGGUUAUAAAGACCCCUAUUAUAAACGGCCAAUUACUAAAGGAGAGAUUGGAUGCUUCAUGAGCCAUUACAGAAUUUGGGCAAAGACAACUUAUGAAGGUUUAGACGAAGUUUUGGUGCUAGAAGACGACGCUAGAUUUGAACCGUAUUUCCGUUUCAAAUUACAAAUGGUAUUGAACGAAUUGAGACGCCUAAAAGUUUCUUGGGAUUUAGUUUACAUUGGCCGAAAGUCGUUAAACGACAACAAUGAGAGCCGGUUGGAAAACUCAAAACUCCUAGUGCGGCCAGGCUAUUCGUAUUGGACACUCGGAUAUUUGUUGAGCGGACGUGGUGCCAAGAAACUGUUAAACGCCAACCCGUUAAAGAAAUUGCUGCCGGUGGACGAAUUCCUGCCGAUAAUGUUCAACCAACAUCCUCAGGCCGAAUGGUUGGAGCAAUUUGACGAACGCAAUUUAAUCGCGUUGUCUGCGUCUCCUCUGCUCAUCUAUCCCAUCCGGUACACGUCAGACGACGGUUACGUUAGCGACACCGAGGACUCCGUGACCGUUCAGGUUGCGAACGACGAGCCCGCGACCGAACGCAAAGAAAUCAAAGAAGAUUUGUGAUCUGCGUGCCAUUAUUAUUAUUUAUUUAAUUUUUUUUUUUUUUAUUACAAAUAUUGAAUAACCUGUUAUCAAAAUCUGUUACGUGUCAUAUCAUAUUUUUAUAUCCGUUAAGAUUUUUAUUUUUUAUAUACAUUUAAUCGUUUAUCAUUAUAAUUUAUACUACCAAUGUCGUUAGGUACCUAUGUUAUAAAAAUAUUGUAUAUUAUCAUCCGGCAACGAAUUCGGCAAAGACAUCGUGUAUAGGUGAAAACCACAGUAAUAUUCGCAUCGUUCGUUCGUAAUUUCGUACUAACGCGUUCGUGUAGAAAAUUUACUUUUACUGAAGUUGUGGCCCCGGCGUAGUUUUUAACAAGAGUGUGAAGGGGAAUUAUGACAAGAUGUUAUAUAAGAUCAACAAAAAAAAAAGAAAUAUUUUGUAUACCAAAAAUAAAUUUAAAGGUACCUUGGACCUUUCGCACGAACUCUUGAAUACUACGGUUACAGUUGGGAACGACGGGUGGCGAUAGAGUUUUUUUUUUCGAAGAAAAUGAUCAACGCUGUUGAUUCCAUCGUUAUUGCUAAAAUAAAUUUUGAUCGUUUUAUUUUUACAUAGACACGAGAGCCAUUCCAUUACAUUAUGAUUAAUUAAAAUAUAUAUUUUUUAUAUUAUGCUAUAAAUACAUAAUAAAUAAUUAUAUAAACAUUUAUUUUAUGUAAAUUGGUGAUAUUUAUUAACGAUUUAUAAUAAAAAUGAAAAAGUGUUUCUUAUACGUCAAUAGACUGAUCGAUUCGUUUUUAUAAGACUUACAUACCUACCGACGAUAACGUUGUAUUUAUGUGUUUGACCUAUAAUUGGAGCGUAAACGAUGUAAUUUUUUCCAAAGAAUAGGUUUUUUGUUACCAAAAACAAAACUUUUUAUGUGACAAAUAUUUCAAUAUACCUACUUAGUACUUGAGUUGUACGUGUUAGAUAUUACUAUAAAUUAUUGUUUUAAAUAUUAAAUGCCAUAUUUAUUUAAACUAA